CUGAAGCCUUGUUUGUACAUUAUGGUGGAGGAAGAAGGCCCCAAUCCCGUAAAAGCUUAAUGGAGAGUCGGUUUGAUCUCACAUUGUUGUUAACUGAUCAUUCGAUGUCUCAUUUGCUCUCUCCCGGAGCCCUAGAAAGAAGGGGAUAAACCCUAAUCCUCGGAGCUUCUUGGGAUGCGAGAACCCGGCGAUUCACUGAUCUCUGUCAGAGUGUCACCAUGGGGGCGAGUCGGAAGCUGCAGGGCGAGAUCGAUCGGGUGUUGAAGAAGGUGCAGGAAGGCGUCGAUGUCUUCGAUAGCAUCUGGAACAAGGUUCACGACACCGAGAAUGCGAACCAGAAGGAGAAAUUCGAGGCGGACUUGAAGAAGGAGAUUAAGAAGUUGCAGCGAUACCGCGAUCAGAUCAAGACAUGGCUCCAGUCGAACGAGAUAAAGGACAAGAAGGCUCUCCUGGAUGCUCGCAAGCUCAUUGAGCGGGAAAUGGAAAGAUUCAAGGUUUGUGAGAAGGAGACAAAAACAAAAGCCUUUUCCAAGGAAGGCUUGGGGCAGCAACCCAAGACAGACCCAAAAGAGAAGGCCAAGUCAGAAACAAGGGACUGGUUGAACAAUGUGGUUGGGGAUUUGGAAAGUCAGAUUGACAAUUUUGAAGCUGAAGUUGAAGGCCUUUCUGUUAAGAAAGGGAAAACAAGGCCACCACGAUUGACACAUUUGGAGGCAUCUAUUGCAAGGCACAAAGCUCACAUUAUGAAAUUGGAGUUGAUUUUGAGAUUGUUGGAUAAUGAUGAGUUGAGUCCUGAUCAGGCUAAUGAUGUCAAAGAUUUUCUAGAAGAUUAUGUCGAAAGGAAUCAGGAGGAUUUUGAUGAAUUUGGUGAUGUUGAUGAGCUUUACAGCUCUCUACCACUGGAUAAGGUAGAAGCCCUCGAAGAUCUUGUUUCACUUGGUCCUUCCAGUCUUGCUAAGACUGCUCUGUCAUCGAAUGAGUUGCAAAACACAUGUCAGGACAUAGGUGAUGAUGUAGCUUCUCAGGAAAGUAAUUCUGAUGUUGCACCAAAAACACCACCAUCAAAGAGUGGAGCUAUGGGUUCUUUGGCAUCAGCAGCUCCUCCUGGUAUUAGUUCUGGGUUAACGUUGGGGACUAUUUCAGCUGCAACUAUGCCUGUACGUCCAUCAGUUGCUGGACCAACAGUUGCAGCUAUACUUUCUGGGCCAUCAAGCGUACGAGGUGUUACAGAGAACUCAUCUGCUUCUGUUUCAUCAUCUCUUCUUAAUUCAUCCAGCUCGGUGAAGGAGGAUGAUAAUAUGACCUUCCCGGUGCGUAGAUCGUCACCGGUCAUCCCUGAAAUUGGAAUAGGGAAAGGUAUAAGCCGAGGGAUCUCUAAUCAAACAUCAAUUAGUGCCUCCAUGACUUUCAGUUCAGCCGGUGGAAUCUCUGGAAAUGUUCCUCUUGGUUCUGUUCCUGCAAUGUCUGAUUUGUCCAAGCGAAACAUAUUAAAUGCUGAUGAGAGAAUUGGGAGCAGUGGGUUCGCGCAGCCCUUGACUUCUCCGCUAAAUAACAGAAUCCUAUUGCAAUCAUUGCCAAAAACCAAUGAUGUAGCUGGUUCAAAUGAAUCUGAUAAUGUUGGUGAGGCUUCUGUUGCUGCAGGAAGAGUCUUUUCACCUUCGGUGGUUGCUGGGAUUCAAUGGAGACCUCAGAGUUCAGCCUCUUUUCAGAAUGCAAAUGAAACUAGCCAAUUUGGUGGACGGCCUGAGAUCACUCCUGACCAGAGGGAGAAAUUUUUGCAGCGUCUCCAACAAGUGCAGCAACAAGGCCAUAGUAAUCUUCUUGGUGUGCCACUUCUUUCUGGUGCUAAUCACAAGCAGUAUACCACACAACAACAGAAUUCACUUUUUCAACAGUUUAGUUCUCAAGGCACUUCUGUUUCACCUCAUGUUGGCCUGCUUGGAGUUCAGGGAGCAGGUCUUGUUUCUGUUAGUUCAGCCUCACAACAACAGCCAACUCCAAUUCAACAAUCCUCCCAACAUCCCUUGGUAUCAACGGGAACAAAAGAUGGAGAUGCUGGGCAUGCCAGCAUAGAAGAGCAGCAGCAGCAUAACGAGUCUGAAGAUCUGAUUGUAGACCCUGCCUCAAGUCCCAGUGUGAGCAAGAUGAUAACUGAUGAUGAUGUGAAGACAUCAUAUGCGGAUGCAAAUUCUGUCUCAGUUGCAGAGGGUAAUCAGUUAUCUAGAGAUACUGAUCUUUCACCUGGUCAACCACUGCAAUCUAGUCAAUCUUCAGCAAGCCUGGGUGUCAUCGGUAGGAGAAGUGGGUUAGACCUUGGUGCCAUUGGUGACAACAUUAGUGGCUUAGCUGGGAAUUCCGGUGGUGUGCACGAUCAGAUCUAUAACCUGCAGAUGCUUGAAGCUGCAUACUACAAACUUCCGCAGCCCAGGGACUCGGAACGUGCAAAGAACUAUGUACCAAGGCAUCCUGCAGUGACUCCUGCUAGUUUUCCUCAAAUGCAGGCACCAAUAGUUGAUAAUCCUGCCUUUUGGGAACGACUAAGCCUUGAUCCAUUGGGCACUGAUGCUUUGUUUUUUGCAUUUUAUCAUCAACAGAACACUUAUCAGCAGUAUUUAGCUGCCAGAGAAUUGAAAAGGCAGUCAUGGAGAUUUCACAAGAAAUUUAAUACAUGGUUUCAACGGCAUGAGGAGCCAAAAGUUACUAAUGACAACUUUGAGAGAGGAAAUUAUAUAUACUUUGAUUUUCAUAUUGCAAAUGAUGGUUCUCAGCAUGGAUGGUGCCAGAGGAUUAAAACUGACUUCACCUUCGAAUAUGAUUUCCUUGAAGAUGAACUUGUGGUGUAGCCUUUCUGAAUCACAUGUGAUCCAUCAACUAAUUUCAAGUUUUGGUAUGUUGCGAUCUGUUCUUGUUAUAUGUUUAUAAAAAGAUCAUAUUUGUGAACUAAACGUGGUGACUAAGCCUGAUGUUCGGAACCAGCUUUGCUUCUUAUCAAUCUAUUAUACAAUUUCACCUACAAAUUCCACUAGAUUCACAUGAUCUAUAUGUUUCUUGCACCAUUCAGUAACCUCUAGUGAUAUUGUCACAUUCAUCUGUGAUGUGAUAAUGCAUUAAACUGGCAGACCAAGGCAUAGGCGUGUUGCAGCCUUGCAGGGAGAGGACACUACUGGAGGUUGACUCUUGUGUUGCCAUGUUGCGUAAUGUUAUACGAUACUCUUUUUUUUCUUUUUUUUUCCUGCAGGAAUUUGGUGAUUAAGUUCAUGUGGAGCAGUGUAGAAUUGCUGAUUUGAACUUUUCCCCCUGGAGGAACUUCGAUCAGGCAGUUACUGGGUGCAAUAUUCAAUCUAAUCAUUGGAGGUAACCAAAGCAAGAAAGGAGGCAUAGGAUUCUUGAUAGAUGCUUUAGAACUAGCAACUUAUUGUUGCAUCUGUAUACAAAUCGAUACAUGUAGCUUUUCGAGGUUUCCAUGGAUUAUACAGCUUCACUUGGUUGACACUACCUAUUUUGCUUCAAAAUGUGUAGGGAUUUUAAGAUCACAUCCUAUUUUGUUAUUGUUU